AUGGAGGCCAUGAGAGAGCUCGAUGCUGCCGUCUCGUCCUCGGCGGUGCAGACUCCGUGCAAGAGGGAGUCCGUGGAGGACCUAAGGGGAGGAGUGGCGGCUAGCCCCGCGGCGUCGUCGGGCAACUUCAGCACGCCCAUGAAGGACCGCAUCUCCGACGUGAAGGAUGACGUGGACGGCGACGCCAAGUCAAUGGUGAGUGACCUAUCUUGCGGAGGCUCGGCAUCGGCCUGCAAGGAAAAGGAUCCGUGCUUGGGCUGCAAGCGGGUCUUCGGCGUUAGCCGUUGCUACUUCAAUCCAGCUGAACCAGUUCCUUGGGGUCUGCCUGCGGGCAGAGGGGCUUGGUGCAAAGAUUGCCACACGUGCUGGAGGACAGUAUACCGUGAGGAGUACACUUUACCAGUCUUCGGUGAUUGGAUGACUCGGCACAGGGACUCAUGGGAGAAGAGCUCGCUCGCGUACCUCUCCCUCAAGUUCGAGAAGUAUGAUAAGAUCACAGCUGGAAUGGUCAAAGACAGAGUGAGGGUACUAAACUUCGUUAGCAAUCUGAUCGGGGUCCCGUUGACACCGUUCGUCGUGAUCUCCUUGAAGGACGCUGUGGCGAAGGCUGCCGCAAGGAACGGGAGGCUCGACCCUGCGAGUCUCGUCACGAUCUUCCAUGGCUCCUCUCCCCAGCUCGGCGUGUUUGCACCUGCAUGCCCUGGCACCUUGGAGAUCAAGCGCCCCUCUGGGGACGCCUCGGAGACGGAGGUGAUGGCGUCGAGGUCGACACUUGCUUGCUCAGAGGAGGAUUUGGAGAUGAUGAACUGCUACUUCGGGGGCCACGAGGGCGUUUCGAGGACGACGCCCGACGCUUUGGCCUUGGCGCCCUUGCUGACACCCAGGGGUCAGGAGCCCGAGCGGCCUCCCCGCGCGAAGAUGCAGACCAAGGUCGACGGCCUCGUUUGUGCGGCGCAGGCCGUUGUCGCGAAGUUCCAGACUGAGACGUGGGAGGACGUCAAGGAAUCUGCAUUCACGAAGCACAUUACUUCGCUGAGCUUGGCCAGGAACGAGGCCGCCAGCAUCGGGGACAAAGACGGAUCAGAACUCUCUGAGCAUUGGGCGGCUGGUCUCACGGCCGUGAAGACGUUUGUCAAGAUGCACAAGGACUUCAUCAAGACGAGCAGGAAGCACGGCAAAUUGGUUACACUAUACGACUCCAUGUACAAGGCCGUUGAGUUCUUCAGAGAUAUUGGCAUCGGGCCUGGCCUCUAUCCGACAUUCAAGAUUCUCUGGCACGCUACCGUGUUUUUCGACAACCUCAACAGGCAAGCGAAGACAGUGGACGCAGCCUUGCAAGCAACGGUCGACUACGGGCUGAAGGCGACCUUCGCGGCCUUGUCCACGGUGCGCAAGGACUUCUCGUUCAACGAGUGGAUGCUGAAUAUGUUGGUGAGGGCGUUCGCCGAGACCCUCGAGCGGGCCAGGUGCGACGAUGGUCAACUUCGCGAGACCGUUGGGCAGAUCUUGGAGCGCGUGUCGAUGACGAUUGAUAUUCUCCACCCCGCCUUCAUGUCGUUCCUCAGCGACGCGAUCGACAAACUCAGACACUGCCAGGCGCUCCUGACCGCAGCGGUGGAGCCAGAGAAGGUGUCAGCCAAGAGCGUCUCCGAUGCGAUCGACUGCGUCGAGAGUUCCAAGAGCAUGGUCCUUCUCAAGAACCAGAUGCAUUUCUCGACCCUUGGAUCCCACGUCUUGGCAGAGGCGAGUGCGAUCUUGGCGGUCACCGCCAAGGACCACCUGGGCGACCAGAAGCUCCAGCGCGCCAUGGCCAUUGUCCAGGACGAUAGCAAAGAGUUGCCGAGCCUCGUGCAGACCGAGGAGCCUGAGGGCGGCAUCCUCACCACGGUGCUACGGGUUGACUUGAUGAAAACGGGUUCCUGCUUCAGCAGCCUCGGCGACAGCGUCGAGCACGCGCAGGAGGCCAUCAAGUUGUGGGAGCGUCGUCGGCUGGAGGAGCAGUCCCCCGAGAUUGGCAGGUGGAUGGUCAAGCUGGUGCACCACCUGUCCUUGUACGAUUUGGUCUUCUCGGUCCGCAUGGUGUCCUUCUACGGUAGCACGCUGGGCAGCUCCAGCGCAUUGGCAGUUGAGCCCAACGACGGCGCGGCCAGUGGCGUCAACGCCUCAGCUUGGUCCGUCGGUGCGCGAUCCUUCCUCGAGACCGUGUGGGACGAGACCUGCUUCGGGGUGAAUGUCGAGCACGUGCUGCGAAUCGUUGGCCAGUUCUCGGACUCGAUGAGGGCUGCGGAGCCGUCGUUGGUAGACCUAUCGAAAGUGGUCCAGCGCAUCAGCGAGAACAUCACGACCCGUGCGAACCUGGUGUCCCUCAUCAAAUGCAUCGCUGGUUUCGGCAGGACCUCGACGCCGAUCGAUGCCGUGAACGAGUGGGGGGCCGUUGCCAGCGGUGAACACGAGAGCUCCUCAGUCCUCGCCAAGGCAGUGGCACUCAUAUCCUUGUCCAAGCAGGUUGUGGGCACUUCCCUCGAAUCGUUCAUUUAUUUCAGGGAUGAGGGCGACUUCUGCAUCGACGGCAUCGCUGGAGUUGCAGGGGAAAGCGGCACCAAGCUGCGCGUGUCGCCCGCUCUUGUAACAAAGUUCGUGUCCAACGUGCUGAGCGGCGAUCUCGUGACCUACGCGAGCGGCUUGGUGGUGGCAUCCUGGGACAUCGCGGUGGAUAGGUUCAUCACGUCGGUCUCACUGCAUAACAUCGAGUUUGACAAGCUUGGUAAAGGCAGCCUGAGCGAGCCGCUCGCGUACGACAACUUCUACACCAAGGCGUUCUUCGACAACGUGCAACCUGCCAUGGGGAAGAUUCUGUCGCAACCUAUGGGUGCAUGGCCGUGCGAUGACAUGCGCGGCGCCGUGCUUCGGCUGGCUGGCGUGUGCGUUAACGAGGACAACCAGAUAGAGAUCAAGGUACCCAGUGGCGCUGGCGACCUGGUCUCGGCGGUGCUCCCGCUGGACGUCUUCUCUAGUCUCUCGAUGCUGUGGUCGGACUGCCACAAGAUCGCAGCGUGCUUCGGUCGGCUUGGCGACCGUUUCCUGAAGUCUGCCGACGCAGGCGGCCGUUCCGACAGCGUUGCUAAGGACGGCGACAUCAAGCCAGAUGUAAGCGCUGCAAUCAUGGCAUUGCGCGAUGCAAUUACGGAAGGCAUUGAGCAUGCGGAGAGGUUGGCUGACGCGAGUGAGGAGAUCAAACAAUUAUGCUGGCCUGGCCUCUCGACCCUUACCAACUUCCUGGGCCAGUCCACCCACACGACGGAGAAGGUGAUCAGAGACGUGUUCAUGAAGUACCUGGAGGUGGUCAACUCGGAGGCCAUGGAGCUGCAGGAGGUGACGCCCCCGACGUCGCACAUCGUAUUCGAGCACCGCAUCAACGCCGCGGCCGCCAAGUCGCAGCUCGUGAAGUUCGUGAACCGCGAUCUCUUGAACAACAAGGUGUUGAGCGUGUACACGAUGCUGGACAAGUUCGGCUACCUCCACAAGAACUGGUGCCUCAGCCCUCCGAUCACCGAGGACCAGCAGAUCAAGGACAGCGUCGACACGAUCGAGAGUAUUUGGACCUCCGCGCGCAAGGCGGUGACGACCAUCGCUGCGCUGGGGCUGGUGUACGAUAAGAAAAGCAAGCAGCGCCAGGACGACGCUCAGUUCAUCCUGGGUUCCAAGAAGGGUGACUUGGCGAAGUCGCUGGUCAACGAGCUGGAGGCCAUCGUCAGUGGCGCAAG